AUGUCAGAAGAAGCAAACGGUAUCGUGUACGAAGUUAAAGGCAAAAUUGCUGUCAUUACCUUGAAUUUACCCUCCAAAUUGAAUGCUUUAGAUGCAGCUGCAUACUUGCAAUUGGGUAAAUAUGUCGAACAAGCCGAUAAGGAAGAAGAAACCGUGGCAACUAUUAUUCAAUCUACUGGUAGAUUUUUCAGUGCUGGUGCUGAUUUCGCUGACAAAAAGACAAUAAGUAGAGAUGCUGCUGAGCUUUUUAGUCACGAGCAUUGGUUAGCAGGUUUCGUUGCUAGAAACACUUGGUUGACUAAUGUUUUCAAUGAUCACUCCAAGAUCUUGGUAGCUGCUGCCAAUGGUCCAGUUAUUGGAUUAUCAGCUGCUUUGCUUUUGUUGUGUGAUUUGAUUUAUGUCAAUGACUUGAGCAAGUUCUACCUCUUGACUCCAUUUGCAAACUUGGGUUUAGUCACAGAGGGAGCUACUUCCAUCACUUUGACUAGGAGAUUGGGUUGGUCCAAAGCUUCAGAAGCAUUGUUGUUGGCCAAGAAAAUCCCUGGUGAAGAUUGUGAACAAAAUGGUUUGAUUAACAAACACUUUACUGGCCAAUCAAAGAGUACCGAAGAUUUCAACAAAGCAGUCUUUGAAUUGUUACAAGAUUCAACCGAGUCUUUACAUGAAGACUCAAUUUUUGGAAUCAAGAAGUUGAUGAAGCUUGGAAGAGACCCGGCCGUCAACCACGCCAACUCACAAGAAGUUGUUAGAGGUUUCAACAAAUGGAUUGAAGGUGUGCCACAAAUGAGAUUCGCUCAAUUGGCCAACAAGGAGAGAAAACACAAGAUGUAA